UAAAUUUUUUAGCCCAAAGUUGUCAAAAUCUGGAAUAAAAAUACUGGGCGGAUUUUUUGCACAAUUAAGAUUUUCUUUAAUUUUCCUCCCGGGAAAAUGGCUUCAUUGAGCAAUACAUCGGAAAUUGAGACAAAGCUGGAGAAGGAAAAGGCAAACUUGGCACUUUUGCGAUCCCGUGUUGAAAACUAUCAGGACCUCACAAAGUCAAUGUCGUCAAUUCUGAAUUCUUUUGAGCAGCGCUUGGGGCGCUUGGAGGAGACCAUCCUCCCCGUAUACCAUGAGACAGAGCACCUUCAGAAGCGUCAGCAGAACUUAGAUGCAACUCUGCAGUGUCUGGAAAAAGUUCUUCAGCACUACGAUGCUUCGCAGGAAGUUUGCAAUUUAAUCCAUUUGGGACCGUCAGAGGGGGAUGUUGGGACAUUUCUGGAUGCUCUCGAUCGUCUCAAGGCUGCAAUGGAUUACUUCCUGAAUAACAAUUCACAAAGUGUUGAGCUUGACAAUGUGACGAGCCUCUUCAAUACGGGCUGCGAAUCCCUCAAUAAUCACUUCAAGUUCCUCCUCAGGAAGCACUGUAGCCCAAUGCGUCCUGUUGACCUACUUGAUUUGAUCUACAUCGAAGAGGAUUCAUCCGGCGAAGAUUGCCCUUCCAUCAAGCAACUUCCACCGACAGCUCGAGAGGAGCUGCGUAUUGUUGCAGCAUGGUUGGAGAAUCACCUUCGGCGGGAAUAUGUUGUCAUCUAUGCAGAUGAGCGAUCAGAUGUUGUCUUUAGAUCCCUGCAGAUGCUGAAGGAUCACCAGAAGAGCGGCAGCUGGGGCAGUGAGCCACUCAAGACACGCUACCACGGAAAACCCGAACCGAGAAAAUCCACUUCGGCACGACUCCAGCAAAUCUUUGAGCGAAAAGCCAAUAAGAUGCUACUCAAGGCAUCCCAAACAAUUGAACAGAGUCGCUUUGCGAUCCGUAAGAAUUCCGGGUAUGGCGAUAAUCUCACCACUGAUGAUCAUGUAGGUGAUGGUGAUCAGGAUUUGGAGAAGUACCUCGUACUGUUGCUUGGGCUGCAGCGUCUUCUCAUCUGGGAGCGCCAAAUACUCUCAGAUGUCAUCCCGAGUACACGGCUCGGGGAGGUUUUCUCCCGCCUGGCUCACACAUCCAUUGAAAUGGUGGUCAAGGAUGCCGAGAGUAUUACAUCGAAGGUUCUCCGGAGUAUUGCACGGAAGGACUGGACAGCAGCUCUGGGUGUCUUCUCGGCACUGAAACACGUCACACUCAUGCAGCCGGACAUUGAGAAGCUGUGCGACGUGAGUCAACGUCAUCAGCUGGCGAUGGUGCUGCAGAAGCUCCAGAGCACGGGAUCACGAGCUCUGGAACAAUUUCUGGAUCUUGUGCGUGGUGACACGGGAUCAAAUCUCGUUGCAAUGAGCUCAAGCACAAUUUCUGGCUCGGGAAAUGUGCCAAAAGAUGCAACAGUGCACGAGCUGACAAGCAAUGCCAUUUGGUUUGUUGAGCAUCUCCUGGAGCAUGCUGAUGUAAUUGGUGGGAUCCUCCAGAUGGACUCCUUCUACGCCAGCCAAUUGGAUUCUAUUGCGCUGCACAAAUCUCUCUCACCGGAAGAUCGCCGGAAAGCCCUGCUGGGUUUGUACAUUAAGCGAAUCCUUUCGGAAUUGAACUUGACCAUUGUCUCAAAAUGCGAGCAGUACAGUGACAUUGCAACACGUCACCUCUUCCGCCUCAACAACAUCCACUACAUCCUUAAGUCACUACAGAGAUCCAAUCUGUUGGAAUUGCUCUCUGUGACGGAGCCCGAGUGCGAGAAAAACUAUCAGGAUCUCAUUCAGGAGCUCAAAAACUCCUAUCAGCGUUCCUGGAUGCGAAUUUUGGCACAUAUAUCACCCCUUGAGGACCUCCCGCGGCCCACUGCGGGAAAAGUACGUGAAAAGGAAAGGGCGGUAAUUAAGGAGCGUUUUGCCAACUUCAACAAAGAUCUCGAGGAAGCGUGGAAAACACAACGGGGCAUCUCAGUACCGGACGUGAUCCUCCGUGAGGGGCUGAAGCGAGACAAUUCAGAGACACUCAUCCCACAGUACAAUGCCUUCUUUGAAAUGUACGCUGAGGUAUCCUUUAGUAAGAACCCAGAGAAGUACGUCAAGUACAAGCCACACGAUGUAACGAGGAUGCUAAACAGUCUCUUCGACGAUACAGUCUAAAAGAGUUCCAAACUGGUAAGUUUUAUCCCGUUUUUUUCCCUCCCUCCAGUUUAUCAACAUUCCUUCGUCCUGAACUUUCCGGAAAAAAAGGAAAUAAAUCUUGAAAUUCUCAUCAAAAUAUAAUCUUGAACAUUGA